CAACCCAAGCAGGGUUGUCCUUUCCUUUUUGAAGGAUAGAAUAACUCAUUUCAAAAUAGGAAUAAUUGCUAAUGAAGAGUGGGUGACCCGUUACAUUCAUUCUCUUUUCGCACUUCGCGCCAAACAACCUACCACAAUCGCACUAUCAUCUUCGAGACCAUGGCAGCGACCAUGGAAACGAAAACGCGCCUUUAGACUACACAUUGAAAAUUGAAAAUUAAAGAUUGAAAUUUGACUAAUCAGAAUAAAAGGAUCUAAAAGUUCUUGUUUCUGAUUGGUCAAAUGUCAACCUUUAAUUAGCUUCGUAGUAUCAUCACGCGAGGUCUCCAAGAUCGAUGUGUGAACUAAAAAGAAUAAAAAGAAAAACAAAGGAGACUCGGGAAUUCCCGCAAAAUUCUUAUCGUUAUUAAUAUUCGUCUUCAGAAACGAUAAGGAUUAUAAUUAAUAUAUCGAUAGAAACGUAGCACUACGUUCCUUGAAAAACGAAAAUCCAUUAAAGAAUAAAGAAUAUAUAUCAAAGUAAAAGAUUGAUUUUAUCAAGAAGAUGGCAUCUCAUGAACAAGAAGAAAUGAGUACAAAAGUAAAACUGUCAAAAUUACACUGUCCAUUUACUUGGGAAAUACAAAACAGUGUAGUAAAACACAGUAUAAUGUAUAUUGAUAACAAUAAUAUAGAGUGUGAAAAUGAUGCAACUGAUAAUGAUGCAUCUUGUCCUUUAGAAUUAUUGAUGAAAUCUUUGUUUAAAUGUUAUAAAGCUGUAUCAAGUGCAGAUAAUGAUAAAGCAAAAAAAAUUAUUACAGAAGCUGAAACUGUUUUAAUGCAGAUUCAACAAGGACAAGAAUCACGUCGAACACUAAGAGGAAUUGAACAUGUUUUCUAUGCAACUAAAUGUUUUGUCUUGUAUGAUUCUGAAGAAAAUGAUCAAUUAGAAGAGAUAUUAGAAAAUAUUAUUAAUACAGACGAUUUUACUAAUGAAGAAUUAGGUGCUUUAUAUGGAUGUGAAAGCAUUAUAUGGUCAUGCUUAAAUGACUUUGGUAUGAAUAAAGCAAUUGAUAUGGCUAAGAAAGCAAUAGAAAAAGAUCAAGACUGUGCAUUGUGGCACUUUAUUCUUGGAAAGAAUCUCAGGCGUCAAAGACGUUCAAUAAAUAUUUCAUCUGAAGUAUCAGAUGCAGAAAAGAAUCAUUUUGAAAUAGCAUAUGCUAUUUCUAAAAAUGAAGUAUUUGGAAUUUAUUAUUUACAAAUGCGUAUGGAGACUUUUUAUAAAUUUGUCAAAGAUAGAAAUUAUGCAAUAAAAAAGGCUACUAAUGAAAAACAAGUACUAGACAUAGCUAAGAAAAUGGUUAAAUCUAAACCAACGAAUUGUAAAGUUCUGCUAAAACUAGCUCUUAUGUUUCUACGCACACGUACCUCAGAUGAAACAUUGUUAGCAAAAGAAUGUUUAGAUUCUAUAAAGGAAAUUGCACCAAAUAACUCGACAUAUCUACACUAUACUGGAAUGUUAUACGAAAAAUGCGGGGAUUAUAGGGAAGCGAUAAAAUAUUUUAAAAAGGCUGCUGACUGUAAUAAUUUUGUAGCAGAAAUUGCUUAUGUACAAUAUGGUUGGGAAACAGGAGAGCUAGAGCCAUUGCCACAUUUAUUACGAAUGAUCAAAAAAUAUGAUCAUCUAAUCAAAGAGCGACGAAUUUCCAUGUUGUUAGCAAUUGCAAUUACUUAUUAUUCUCUCCAUGAAGACAUAACAAAUGCAGCAGAAUAUUUUUUAAAAGCUCUUAUGAUAGAUCCAACAAAUAAAAAGUUCAAGAUAUAUUAUCGAUUUCUUGAUUUUAAUACUCAAAGUAUUUUAUUAUUUUUAAACACUGAAUUUUGUCCUCUUCUCGAGAGUAAAAAUUUACAAGAGACGAGUCAAAAAAUAAAAGAUCUUUUGAAUUUAAGGGAGGUAACUGCUGAAGACAUAACAUAUUUAUCAGAAGAAUUUAGAAAUCUUUGUAAGAAUAAUUGACCAUAGCAACUCGAGCAUAAAGAUUAUUUGCAAUCUUUAUUUGAAAAUUGUCAUUUAUAAAACAUUGUAUUAUCACUAUUUUAAUUCAGUAUCUUAUAAUUUACUAGUAA